AUGAAGGUUCUAAUCUCUUCCCUCCUCCUGUUGCUGCCGCUAAUGCUGAUGUCCGUGGUCUCCAGCAGCUCACACACAGGGGUUGCCAGAGGCCAGAGGGACCAACGCCAGGCGUCUGGGAGGUGGCUCCGAGAAGGAGGCCAAGAAUGUGAGUGCCAAGAUUGGUUCCUGAGAGGCCCUAGAACACCCAUCACAGCUCCCAGGCUGACAAAGAAGCCAUGUCCCUGUGAUCGUUUCAAGGGCAGGAUGAAGAAAACCAGACACCGAAGACAUCACAGGAAGUCAGACAAGCACUCCAGAGCCUGCCAGCAGUUUCUCACACGAUGUCUGCUAGAAAGCUUUGUUCUGCCCUUAUAG